AAAGGAAGGCCGAAAAUCCGCGUCGGCGGCAGCAGAGAGAGACGUCGAAGGAAGAGCAUAUCGAGUGGACAAAAGCAACAAUAAUUCGCAACACAACACGAAACUGCGGCGAGAGACUGAGAAGGAGGCAUCGCUCCAUCAUUAUUAUCAUUUGUCAAUCUAUAUACCACAAGGAGCCACAACUUUUGUCGGCCAUCGCCAUGGCUUUGAAGCGAAGAAACAAUUGUCUUUGAAGAUCGGACGGAUCCAGUUCACGCCGGAGCAUGGAGGUUGAGGUAUCCGAUCCAAACUCGGAUACCGGCGAUAUUAGUAAGAGGAAGAAUUUGGAGAGCCCGACUGAUGAUCGAGUUCGUGUGAAGAAGAAGACCUUGCAGGCUGUGCUAGAGCAGUGCCAGAGAGCUCUCGAAUUGCUUAAUAACUCCAACGGUGUCGAUGAAAACGAGGGGAAUGAUGCGAGUGGCGAUGGGGAUGAAGAUGAUCAGCUCGGUGAAGCCGACGAGUUGUGUGAUCUUCUUAAAUCUAAAGUUGAAUGCCGUGACUUUCUAGAGAAGCUAGAGGAUGCUCAAGCGUCAGUUCCGCAAAAUACAUCUGAGGAAUGUAGUUCUUGGGAUGUGGUAAGCGAUGUGGAUCUAUGGGAAAGUGGUGAUGCUCUAGAUCAAGAUGGUUAUGUCGUUGUAAAGCAAGAGGAUAUAGUAGAUGGUAUUGCUUGCUUCAUGGCAGCAUAUUUGUUGUCCUUAAAGGAAACCAAGGAAUUGUCACCCAACCAGCUGCAGAAUGCCCUUUGCAAAACGUUCUCAGUGAAGAAGAGAAAAGGAAAACUCCGGAAGGCAUGGGAUGGGAGCAAGGUCAUUUAUAACGUGGCAUCUUGGGGAGCUACUGCAGUUGGGAUAUACCAGAACCCUGUUAUUCUAAACGCUGCAUCUAAAGCCUUCUGGACUUCCUGCCAAGUAAUCUCAAAGCUUCUCUAAUACACCUUGUGCUUUUCCCAUUGUAAAUAUUCUGCUCAAAUGCAGUAGUGGAAAAACAAUUUGUUGCUCUUUGGGUUUAUUCUUUCAUGCCUCAGAUUGAUUAAUUCCUUGGCAAAUGCACUCUUGUAAAUAUUUCUUCUGCUAGAAUCUUCUCAUUGGACAAAAUCUUCUGUAUUUAUGCCAAAAAAUAUUAUUUGUACUGAGUUUGUUCCAACAUGGAAGCAAGCAUUGCAGUAUAUAUGAAAAGUGCUUAUUGCUAGACAUUGUGCUUUCCAGCUUUCCAAA